AGCAAAUUUAGUUGAUGUUGUUACAUUGGAUUCAUCUCACUUUUGUUUAUUGUUUUUGUCACUUGCCUAUGGCAAUGUAAACCUAUGCUUCCCAUGCCAAUAAAGCACCUUUUUGAAUUGAGAGAGGUUCAAUGGAAGUCCAGCAGAGAAAGAGACGGUCGGGGGCAGAGAGGAGGAGACACGUGAUGUUGAGUGUGUGUUUAAGUGCACAGUUUCAACCGUUGGGGAUCAGAAGGGAAGUCACGUGCGCAAUGAGGGGGAAGAAGAGCGUGUGUGUCUAAUAGGUUAUUAUGUGAGAAGAGAAUGGGAGAGUUGGGAGAGUUGGAGCUGGAGCUCCUCCAGGGAAACCAGGAGAAACAUAUCUCUCUGUUAAAGAACUUUGUGGCGGGAGGAGCGGGAGGAGCUUGCCUUCUGUUCGUGGGACACCCGCUCGACACAAUUAAGGUGCGGCUACAGACCCAGCCCAGAGUGCCCAGCCAGGAUGUCCUCUACAAAGGUGCUUAUGACUGCUUCCGAAAGACUGUCUCCAAAGAGGGACUUCUUGGGCUGUACAAGGGGAUGGGGGCCCCCCUAGCCAGCGUAGCUCCUAUGAUGGCCAUUAGUUUCUUUGGGUUCGGACUGGGAAAACAGCUGUUGCAACCAGACUCCACUAAGACACUGAUGCCUACCCAACUGUUUCUCUCAGGCUGUCUAGCAGGUGUUUUCACUACAGUGAUAGUGUGUCCUGGAGAAAGGGUCAAAUGUUUACUACAGGUGCAGGCCAGCGGGGGGCAGCAGGCAGUACGGUAUGCAGGUCCUCUGGACUGUGCUCUCAAGUUGUAUAAAACACAAGGCAUCCGCUCCAUCUACAAAGGAACAACACUCACACUCAUCAGAGACAUGCCUUCUAAUGGUGCCUACUUCAUGGCUUAUGACUUCCUGAAACACAAAAUGACAGCUGAGGGUGAAAGUGUGUCCCAGCUCAGCACUCCAAAGAUCCUCCUUUGCGGUGGCAUAGCGGGCAUCUGUAACUGGAUUGUGGGACUUCCACCCGACGUACUCAAGACCAACUUCCAGACAGCUCCAGACGGGCGCUACAGGGGAACAGGUGUGGUAGAUGUACUGCGGGAGCUGCUUCGUGACGAGGGGCCCAGAGCACUCUAUAAAGGAUCCACCGCCGUGUUCCUCAGAGCCUUCCCUGCCAACGCGGCCUGUUUUCUAGGGUAUGAAUUGGCGUUAGAGUGUCUAAAUUGGCUGGCUCCCACCUGGUGAAGUCUCCUGCUAUGACCUGUCAUUAAGAGGUUGUAACCUGCAUUGACCUGUCGCUGUCUUCAGACUGGACUCUUCUCUUGACCUCAGUUUCAUGCUUCCCAAAUGGCACACUAUUCCCUAUAUAGCGCACUACUUUUGCCUAGGGCCUGUAGGUAAUAGGGCUCUGGUCAGUUUUGCACUAUAUAGGGAAAGUAGUGCACUAUAUAGGGAAUAGGGUGAUGGUUUUUGUUGUUGUAUUUAACCUUUAUUUAACUAGUCAUGGUUUUUCAUGACAACAACAAUGUGAAUUCUUGUCCUCCUUGUUGUUAAUGUGGUUCUAAAAAAUAUAUUCACUGAUGUUUCGGUUUGACAUCUUGUCCUGUUUCAGUUUGACAUCUUGUCCUGUUUCAGUUUGAUAUCUUGUCCUGUUUCAGUUUGACAUCUUGUCCUGUUUCGGUUUGACAUCUUGUCCUGUUUCAGUUUGACAUCUUGUCCUGUUUCAGUUUGAUAUCUUGUCCUGUUUCAGUUUGAUAUCUUGUCCUGUUUCAGUUUGACAUCUUGUCCUGUUUCAGUUUGACAUCUUGUCCUGUUUCAGUUUGACAUCUUGUCCUGUUUCAGUUUGACAUCUUGUCCUGUUUCAGUUUGAGAUCUUGUCCUGUUUCAGUUUGAGAUCUUGUCCUGUUUCAGUUUGAGAUCUUGUCCUGUUUCAGUUUGACAUCUUGUCCUGUUUCAGUUUGACAUCUUGUCCUGUUUCAGUUUGACAUCUUGUCCUGUUUCAGUUUGACAUCUUGUCCUGUUUCAGUUUGACAUCUUGUCCUGUUUCAGUUUGACAUCUUGUCCUGUUUCAGUUUGACAUCUUGUCCUGUUUCAGUUUGACAUCUUGUCCUGUUUCAGUUUGACAUCUUGUCCUCCUUGUUGUUAAUGUGGUUCUAAAAAUAUAUUCACUGGUGUUUCAGUUUGACAUCUUGUCCUGUUUCGGUUUGACAUCUUGUCCUGUUUCAGUUUGACAUCUUGUCCUGUUUCAGUUUGACAUCUUGUCCUGUUUCAGUUUGACAUCUUGUCCUGUUUCAGUUUGACAUCUUGUCCUGUUUCAGUUUGACAUCUUGUCCUGUUUCAGUUUGACAUCUUGUCCUGUUUCAGUUUGACAUCUUGUCCUGUUUCAGUUUGACAUCUUGUCCUGUUUCAGUUUGACAUCUUGUCCUGUUUCAGUUUGACAUCUUGUCCUGUUUCAGUUUGAUAUCUUGUCCUGUUUCAGUUUGAUAUCUUGUCCUGUUUCAGUUUGACAUCUUGUCCUGUUUCAGUUUGAUAUCUUGUCCUGUUUCAGUUUGACAUCUUGUCCUGUUUCAGUUUGACAUCUUGUCCUGUUUCAGUUUGACAUCUUGUCCUGUUUCAGUUUGACAUCUUGUCCUGUUUCGGUUUGAUAUCUUGUCCUGUUUCAGUUUGACAUCUUGUCCUGUUUCAGUUUGACAUCUUGUCCUGUUUCAGUUUGACAUCUUGUCCUGUUUCAGUUUGACAUCUUGUCCUGUUUCGGUUUGACAUCUUGUCCUGUUUCGGUUUGACAUCUUGUCCUGUUUCAGUUUGACAUCUUGUCCUGUUUCAGUUUGACAUCUUGUCCUGUUUCGGUUUGACAUCUUGUCCUGUUUCGGUUUGACAUCUUGUCCUGUUUCGGUUUGACAUCUUGUCCUGUUUCAGUUUGACAUCUUGUCCUGUUUCGGUUUGACAUCUUGUCCUGUUUCGGUUUGACAUCUUUUCCUGUGAUUCACGUCUUGUCGAAGAGAAGUUUAAACGCACAGUGAAAUAAUGACAAUCAUGAUAUUUAUUUAAGGGGAUGAUUUUGACAUAUUUCUGUGAACCUAAGGUUGUGUCUAAAAGGCACCUGAUAAUAGUGCACUAUAUUUAUAUUCAUUAUUCAUUGUUAAUAGUAACAAUAAAGACGUGUUUGAAUGUUGGAGAUUUAAAACAAUUUUUUUAAAUGCCUUCAUUUGUUUUAUUGACCAAUUUAGGGGUUUUGAUGUACAUUUUAAAUGUGAUAUAAUGUGAUGUAAUUUGAUUCAUUUGGACAAUUAAUCAAAUCCAUUUAUGAGCAAUCCAGAUUUAUCUCAGAACAGGAUUUAUACAUUUGUUUGAAUAAAGUGUAAUUUGCCAAAUA